AUGAGUGUUGCAGAUAGUAAGGCCCUUUCGAUGAAGAUGAAGAAGUCUGCAGUUAAUUCAGAAAUAUAUACAACAUUCGAUUACAUCUGAUCACAUGGUGUGUGGACUAAUUUUUUUAACAGAACUAAGGAAAAGUAAAGACAUCAAACCUUUAAAACAUACCUUGAUGGAUGUCAGUUUAUGCCAGGAUAAAAUACUUGUUCAAUGUAAAAUCGUUUUCUAGGCUACAGCAAACACUUUCGGUUUCACGAUGCUGUGAAAGUACUUCCGUUGGUUAGGUGCCUUUCGUUUUGUAGGUGGUCACACAUCACUUGUUGACUACAUUUUCAAACAUUAAAGUAAUCGAUCUUUGUACCUUUUAGCUUUCAAUCAUACCUAUCUUUUUUCGAUUAGAUGGAAAUGGUUUUGAUCAUCUAGAGUGAUAGUGUUCUUAUUCAGUACCCUCUGAAAAAUUGGCAAAUUAAAUCGCAAGAAACUUCUUUGCAUCUGUGAACAAAAGGUUUCAGUCGCGCACACCAUUCCAUUUGUCAGAGCGCGCAAAAAUACAAGACAAGAAUGUUAGAAAGUCUGCACGGGUGUACUUAAUGUAUUUUUUGAAAUUCUUUAAAUUUGAAAGGUGCUGGAUCAAUGACUAACAUUUUGCAUAGGACAAAGCCUAUUCAAACUAUUAUAAAUAGCUGCCAUUUCACCCCUGUCAGCUAUAAACAGUAAUAUCAUUAACUGAUGUUGUUGUGCAAAACUGUAUCCUUAAUUUCUGGUUUAAUAAACACGAUUACUAGCCAGGGUUUUUGUUUUCACUAUUUCGAUAUAGUAAGCGGUUUUGUAGGCUCAACUUGCUUGCUCUCUCGGUUCCUGUCUUGUUCCACCCCAGGGAAUGAGCUCGGGCUCAUUUCACUCAUUUACUCCACUGAACAUGGCUUGACACAGAAAGGCAGUUUUCAGUGCAUUGAGAACACAACUAACAUUGGUUAUUUGUUAUCUGCCGUAUGCUCUUGCGCUAGAUGUAACACCUCAAGGGGAAACUUUCCCAUAUUACCUUGUUAGGCAAUUUGGGUUACAUUUCUUUAAUUCGUCACUUAACUUACUGUUGUACUGCUAGAAAAUCAAAGAAGUCGGGCAAGCGGCCUGUUCAUCAUUUUAGCAUUUCGUUUCCCUUGAUCAAAAUUUUACUCGAUAACUCGAAUUCUGGUUCUUGCAACUCACCACGAAUGCUAACCCAUUUGCUUUUCUUGUCGUGCCGCCUCUGUAAAAUCCCUAAAACUAUGUACUACAGCAAUUUGUUUUUAAGAAUGUGCAACGAACAGAUCACGUAUUUGACAGUCAUUUCCCUGUAUUCUCAUAAAAAUGCAUAAUUGGUUACAAUUUCUGAUGAAAUAUGUUUAAUUUGCACUCUGCUGUAUACUGAAGGCCUAAAUAUCAGUAAACUAUCAAUAUGAACAUGGCAAAUCGAGGAUUCAACUGAUUCCGAUAACUGAACCCCCGCUAUCUCGAACUGUUUUUCGUUUCCCAUGAAAUCGAGUUACCGGGGUUCUACCGUAUUUUCAAAGUAAGCCUUGAAAUUAAGUAAAUCUUUUCAAAAAUCUUUGGCUAGAUAUUCGAUAAGUUACGAUACAUGGCUUCAUUGAGACACAUCUUUUAAGGACACUCUUAAUGAUCCUUAACUGGAAUGGCGAACAACAGUAGAGAAAAUCAAAAACAACAUUAGAUCUGUAGCACCAAGCCUUACAAAAAAGUAUUACAAAAAAAGGCACAUCGGCCUUGAACACUACGCCAAAAAAUUUAGGACAAGGCUCAAAAACACUAUUGGCUACAUACCCCGACAGGACCCCGACAGGUUGAACUUCGAAGUACCUCUAGUACUUCUCACUUCCGUUUAUGUCGAAAACUAGCGACCAAAAAUAGUUUAGAGAUGCUCAAUUGUUUUGAGCCCAAUCCACGUAAGCAACUGAGUCCGUCGAGUUGGGGUUCUGUGAUUGGUUCAUACACCGUUAUACGUCACGGAUAAAUGAUUAAUAGCACAGAAAGAAGCUCGUGGAAAACACGAGGAAGUAAAAAGCCUUACUUCAAUAUGGCCACAAGUGACACAGAUCUGUUCGAUUGUCAAGUGAAAGCUUGCGAGAAAUUUUUUCAAGAAAAGCUCCCUAGAGUUCAAAAAUUGAAGCUAUUAGCAGAAGACGAUAUACCCGAAAAUGCCAAAUCAUUCAAAGAGCCAAAAAUGUAUGAUAUAACAAGCUUUAACGCGCAAGAAGUCGUCGCAGUGCUGUCUUGCAUUGUGAACGACAGAGGCCAGUUUAAGAAGAAUAAGACCUUCUACUUGUUGUUACGCAACGGCCACGAGAAUGAACCUGACGCAACUGAGGAACUGUAUAGGCUGCAAGCAAGACCUACAGAACAUCAACCCUGA